AUGACAGCACUGGGCGCAAACCAAACGGCGUUUAUCCCUUACUACCCUCCGCAAAGCAUCCAGAAUGGAUCUUCGCAAAGCCAGACUUUGGUCCCCAGGCAAAAACCGGUGCCAAAUGGCACAUCGGCCCCGGUAGCGGGACCCUCUACCGCUGCUGCUGGCACGUCUACCCAGGCGGAGGCCAAGAAACCUCCGAAAAUCAAGAAGCGAACGCAGCAAGAGGAGGAGCUGAUGGCACAGACGGCUGCGAGGUUUGCAGAACGGCUCGCGGCGGACCAGCAGGCGACGCUGAAGCCAGACGUUGACACCCCCUUCGUGGACGCUGAAGAUGUGGUCAGGCGGUUAUUACCGUACCACAUAUACCAGCAGCCCAAGGAGGAUCUCGAGAAGUUAACAUCGCCCAAAGGGAAGGGGAAGGCAGAGGACGACAUUCGUAGCGAGAUAGCAGAGAUGAAGUUUGCCCUUGAAUGCCACAAGCGAAAGCGCAAACUUCACGAUCGUUUAUACAACAUGCGCGUUAGAGAGGGUAGGCGACAAUCUCCCGCAGACCAGGCCUUCUAUCUCGAACAGGUCGUCUCUGACGCGGAGCGGGCGGAGAUAGCUUGGCUGAGCUCUGAGGUCAAGAGCGCACGCUCUGAAUUGGAUCGCUUGGAACGCGUCAAACGAGCGAAAGAGCAAGCCGCGCGGCAAUCUACAGCACCCACGACGACGACAUUCUACGUCCCGCCCGCCACAGCCCCGCAGACACAAUACUACCAGUACCCGUACACAUAUGCGCAGGGCUAUGGAUCUGGACAACCUCUCACGUUUCAGCCAUACAUGCCUCCGCAGUAUGCGACUUCAAGUACUCCCACGACUACCUCGGCUGCUGCGUCGCCUGCCCCAACGUUCACGACCGCUGUGCCGUCCCCGGCCCCGACGCAGGCGGCUCCAGGGGCUUACGCAUCAUAUUACCAAGCGACUGCAAACCAAGGCUUUCCUACGAUGGGCCAGCCUCAAGUGCAGUCCUCUACACCGAAGCCGCCUCCCGCCCCACAACCUGCGACGUCGACUUCUUCGGCCAGCCCAGCUGCCUCGUCCGCUCCCAAGCUGCCACCGAACGGCACCUUUCCCCUCAACAUCCCUGUCACGUAUCUGCCAGCCCUAAAAGCGCUGAGCAUCGUCCCGGUGAACGCCUCCGAAGUCCAGCCUGGCGCGCCUCAGCCAGCUGCCGUCAUUAAGGGGACUACGCCAAAUGGCCAAGUCGCCCUGGACAUCUGCAUCGCCGCGCUGAAGCCGAAUCAGCUAGGUGGACUGUCGUUGAUCAUCAACAAGAUGAUGCCAAAUAAGAAUGCGCAGGCGACUGGGGCUAGCGCGUCGAGUUCGGGGACGCCGGGCGCAGGACCGUCGGGGGGAAGUAGUGGGUCUGCUCUCCUCGUCCUCUUCUUGCGAAGCAUACUUCAGUUUCACUGCACACGGCCUCGUAGCUUCGAUGGGAGGUUAGGGCUACUGUCCUUCGUCAUCCUGAACAUCAUCUUCAACAUUCCGCCCAUAUGGCAGCAUAGUAGAGGUGGUGCACUAGGGGAGGCAGAAGCAUCGCUUUUGGACUUUGUGGGAUUAGACCGCACACCGUCGAAAGCUCGCCUGCUGGCAUUGGACUGGUUCAUCCAAUUUAUCCAGCUCAUCUGCAUCGUAUUCGCGUACCAGAGCUCCGAUUCGCCAUCGCACGAUAUCCUCCCAGUCCACAACGAUCCACCACCAGACACGGGCAAGAUAUUUCGGACUACCGCCCAAGCCACACAGGAAGACGGCGAUCUCAUCAUGGAUAUCACUAUUACCCAUAUUAUACGACUGCUUCGGGCGCGAGUUACUACCCCCCUAGCGCGGGACUAUACUCCGCCAUCGAGAGCAUCGUUGCUCCCCGUGCGCGACCCUAUGACCUUCCUCCUUCGCGGCAGGGCGGGGAGUCUCGGGGAGAGUAUGGCGGCGUCUAGGCUCGCGAGGGGUACAGAACAGGGGGACAAUCGCGAGGACGCGGACGAGGGGCAGGGUGCCAGAACCGGUCGAAUACCAGGUGGUCUCGAUUGA